UUUCGGGAUCGCUACAGACUAUCAUUUUAAGGUAUAAAAACAUCCGUGAAGAAAACACUCUCAAGUUUGUUGGAGAGUGUUUGAAUGUGUAUGUACGUGUUGCGAUCAUGCGAUGUAUGAUGCACAUUUUGCUUUUGUCAAUUGUACCUGAUGAAACAAUGAAAAGCGCAACAGAGCGAAUUAAGAUGUAUAUGGAAAACGAUAGCCGGCGAAGAGUUGUUUUUUUAAACAGGAUACUAGAGCCCAGCCACGAGAAUGCUAUAUUUCUGUCAUCAUUUAGCAUUACAGAUUAUCCUCAAGUGGAUAUGUUUCUAAAAGCUAAAUGGUCUGCUACAAAAGAACAUUCAUGCAGAUGGGAAAUCAGUGAUUUUUUGACAAACAAAAGCAUUGCUCUGCAUCCGUUAGUAUUUCGAGGUCAUUGGAUGAAUACAGCUGCCUUAAAAUAUGUAUGGAGUACAUCUACGGCGCCACAUGAUGAUUAUGCUCAAUUUUGCUUUGAAGUUGUAUCGAAAGGAGAAAAUAUAUUUUUCAUCAAGUCAUUUAAAACGCAGUCUUCAUAUAUUUAUAUGAAACCCAAUUCACUUCUGGGCAAAACGAGUAUUCGACCAAGAGAGGAAGGAAUGUUCAAGGUUCUCCGUUUACAGAAUGACAAUUGUUUGAUAUCCGUUGUUAAAUACCCUGGCAGAUUCAUUUAUAUGCCGAACACUAUUUGGGGUAAGAUAAAAGGGGCUGUGACAGACAAGAUGUAUCCUGAAGGCCUACCAACUGAACAGCAUGAAUGGUCACUUAAGGAAGUUUGUCAUCGUAGAAAUGAGGAUGAAAUCAAUAAAGUUGAAAAUCCUCAAAUCAUUAGUGCCUUCGCCUCCAAAAAGAAGUGACAAAACAUUAAUCGCUAGACAUAACAUUAUUUCAAUGUGACAUUUUGUUUCACGAAAUGGAUCCUAUUUCAACCAAAUUCAACUAAAUGUUAGAAUAUGAUUUGGAACUUUCAAAGAACAUUUUAACUACAUGUAUUCAUCAAACUUUUACAUUUUGGAAAAUCAUUAUAUGUUACAUAUGUGUGAUAUAUUGGUGUUAGUUUGCUUUGGUUCUCCUCACUUCAUGAUAGUGUUUAAGGACAUAUUCACCUAAUGCCCAUCUUCAACCAGACAGAACAAAAAAUCUUAUCAGACACAAAAAUCUCAUUUUCUGCUUUGUGUCUGUUCAACCACACUGUCUCUGCGUUACACCUAAUUUUCAGUUCUCUACAACGCAUAUUCAGCUGAUCUAGCCGUGUCUGUUGUAUGCAGUCAGGCGUGACUGCGUCUACGAAGCAGCCUGUCCCCUGUGCAUUCCAGGUUCAUACUUUUGACAUAUCGAUAGAUAUAGAUAUUUAUUUUGCCAUUUGAAUCACAACCUUCUGAAAGAUGCAUAGUAUAUGAAUGAUAUCUUUUGUCUAUAUAGGAUAUUGUCAAACCUGAAGUCUCCCGGAACGUGUAUAGCUGGGCUGUAUUUACAUAAAUAUGUUGGGUCAAUGUAACGUUGAAUCCACAUUCUCAUGCUGAAUGACUAGGCUCCCAUUAAUUCCAGUGCUCAUUCAUAUUUUAUUUUCGAAAAUGUCUAACUUGCUUACUUGUCCGUUUGUAUUGUAAAAGUUAUAUUUCUAUCGGGCUCGUAAUUCUUCAUUCAUAUUAUGUAUCUUCCAUUUGUAAUGUAUGUAAAACUUAUACGGUACCAAUUUUAAUGCACCAGAUGCGCAUUUCGACAAAUAAUGUCUCUUCAAUGAUGCUCAACCGAAAUGUUUGAAAUCCGAAAUAAAAAUGAAGUUUUAGAGCUAUGAUAGCCAAAAACAGACUGCCAAAAAAGUGGAGUUAAAUUCGUCUAAGGAUAAGAGCUAUGCGUAAUUCUCUAUUUCAGUUGUAUAAGGUGAAGAUAACGAACAGUGAUCAAUCUCAUAACUCCUAUAAGCAAUACAAAAUAGAGAGUUGGGCAGACACGGACCACUGAAUAUACCAGACGUAUAUAUAUUAUCUAACUUACUAUGCUAUCCGUAAUUGCGUAGUAUUUUCUAACUGUUUCCUUAGCUCAAGGGAGCUUUUCUGAUCGCCUGUUGUCCGUCGUCUGUCCGUCUGUAAACUUUUUACAUUUUCGACUCUUCUCCAAAACCACUUAGCCAAUUUCAACCAAACUUGGCAAAAAUCCUCUUUGGGUGACACGCGCUCAAGUCGUUUUAAAUGAAGGGUCAUACCCCCUUCAAAGUGGAGAUAAUCAAAAAAUGCAAAAUAGGGUGAGGUCAUUUAAAAAUCUUCUUCCACUGGGCCAGAUGCACUGAAAUUUACACGAAAGCGUCCUGGUAUUGUGCAGAUUGACGUGUGUUAAAAUUAUGGGGUAGGAUGGGGUCACAAAAGGGGCUAAAAGUUUUACAUACAAAUAUAUAGGGAACAUCUUUAAAAGUCUUCUCAAGAACCACUGAGUCAUAAAAGCUUAGAUUUACAUGAAAACUUUCUGACAUAGUGCAAAUUCACAUUUGUAAAAUCAUGGCCCUUGGGAUAGGAUGGGGUCAAAAUAAGGGCUCAGAGUUUACUUACAAAUAUAUAGGGACAAUCUUUAAAAAUCUUCUUCUCAAAAACCACUGAACCAGAAAAGCUGAGAUUUAAAUGAAAGCUUUCUUAAAUAGUGUUGACUCAAGUCUGUUAAAUUCAUGGUCCCCAGGGGUAGGAUGGGACCACGAUAGGGAUCAAAAUUUUACAUACAAUUAUAUAGGGGAAAUUUUUGAAUAUGUUCUUCUCAAGAACUACUGGGCCAGAUGAGCUGAAAUUUACAUGAAACCUUCCUGCAAUAGCGCAGAUUCAAAUCUGUUAACAGUAUGGCCCCUGGGGGUAAGAUGGGGUUCAAAGUUUUAAAUACAAAUAUGUAGGGUGAAUAUUUAAACAUCUUCUCAAGAACCACUGAGCCCGAAAAUCUGCUAUUUACAUGUCCCCUGGGGGAAGAUUGGGGCCACAAUAAGGGAUCAAAAUUUUACAUACACACAAUACAUCUACACAUAGAUAGAUAGAUAGAUAGAUAGAUAGAUAGAUAGAUAGAUAGACUGGUAAUCGCAAUUAAGGUAUCUGAUGUACAAUGAGAGCUCGGUAUUUUCCGGAAUGACCUCGGUAAUAUUCGGAAACGAGCAUACAUCUUUAAAAUCAACAUUAUGAACAAAUGUAACAUUUUGGAUAGUCAAAACUAUCAAAUAAAUGUUUGAUUUUGUGCUUUAAUAAAAUUUGUAAUCGUUUAAAUUAAAAUCUCUUUGUAUGACUUGUAUGACGCGACGUCGUUAAUAUAAACAGUUUUUAAAAAUGGCGGCCGCCGUGAAACGAAACAAGAAAGGUACGGUACGGUCAGUAAAUGUUAAUGAACUUACUCUGGAUCAUAAUUAUGUGUCAGGACAUUAUUGUGAAGGGGAAUGUUGUGAGGUGUGUUUUCCCGGGAUGAAAACGUUGAUAAACAGUAGAAAAUUCAGUUCUACGGGGUGGAAGAACGGUCGACGAAUCGUUGAGUGGUCGUCAAUUAUAGACGCACUUUCCAGUUGUCAACAUUGUAAAUGCGGGCCUCUUUAUUUAACUAAACACACAGUUAAGGGCGAGAUGAAACUGGGACUAGGUGGAUAUCUCUAUAUCCAGUGUACACUCUGUCUCCGGCUGAACAGGAUACCGUAUGGGAAGACCCACAGAAGUGAGAAACAAAACGACAAGGGGAUGCCAAGUUUUUGCAUAAAUACUAAAGUCGGCGCAGCAAUGAUAGACAGUGUUGGUGGACCCCAGCGGAUGAACAACCUGCUUACCACCCUUGACCUUCCCUUCAUAAACAACAGAAGUUUGAAAACAAUGGAAAGAAGAGCGGGCCAGUUCAUCGAGAAAUAUGCAGAAGAAAACAUGAAGAAAGAAAGUGCCAUGACCUAUGAGAAAGAAAUGAUGUAAUAAAAAUUUCAUUGCUAUUUUUUCUUUAAAAAAAAUAAUUAUGUUCAUUCAAUUGGAUAUAAAAAUGUUUAUAAAUAUUGAUCGUGUAAAUAUUUAAACUUGGUUGUUUUAGAGCUAUUUCACAGAAAGAAGAGGAUGUCAAGGAGGAGUUUAGCGAUUGGAAAUAACAUUGUAAAAGCAAUGAUAACAGAUUAUGUCGAGUGAAUAUUAAAUUCCAAUCUUACAUCUAAACUUCCAACUGCCCCUUUGCUUAACAUGCAGACACUACAUCAUCAUUUUUGUGCACAAUUUGCAUCAUGUCUGGAUCUCUUUUGUAAACAAUAUAUCACCGAGAUAGCUUGAAUGUCUUUAUACAUGUAAUGUUACAGAGGUAGGAUUUUUAUUAGACAUAGAAUUAUACUGAAUUAUUGUGAUAGAACAAUUUUCAAUUUCUAAUAUGUCAGGAUCAUUCGAAUUAUCUUUUAAAUUUUGAAUUCAGUGCACAAUCCUAUGUUCACAGUAAUCUCAACAAUGACACACAGAGUGUAGAAAUGUAAAUGCAUGUUACAAAUGCAGGAUUAUUCCAGCCUGCUAGAGGUUCAUGAUGAGAUACUUUUGACCUGGUGCCGCGUAUAUAAGGGACGUUGACUGAGGCUCUAACUUGUUGGAGUAAUGCAGGAUAUAUAUCACUUUAGCUCUAAAGGAUCCAAACUUGAGCAGGCUACUUAUGAAGUGAUUCUGGAUCCCAAUAAAGAUGUCGCUUCUUAUGAUGCCCACAGAUCAAAGAAACCGCAUCCAGCAGUCAAGAAACUCUCUUUCCCUCCUAAGUCCCGUAAAGGCAUGACAGUUUGCAUCGACCAUGGAUGGCAAAAAAGGGAUUUGACAGUUUAACAGGGCAUACAUUCAUGAUGAGCAAAGAAAAUAAGGUUUUGAAGGCAGUUGUAACACACCGCACUUGUGGAGUAUGCAAAUGGUGGAAGAGAAAUAUACCAGGAGUAAAAGUUCGGGAACAUCGUUGUGUGUGGAAUCACAGAGGAUCUGCCAGGGCCAUGGAGAGUGAAGCAGGCCUGAAAGCCAUCAAGGAUAUGAUCCAAGAAGGUUUUCAGUAAAAAUGGCCUUUCCCUGGUCACUUCAACAUGAAGUUCUCCAACAAAGUGGAUGAAUACAGGGUGAAACGAAGGGAGAAGAUGAAAUUGCCAGGGACAAAACGCAGACGUCUUAUCCUAAAACAAGAAAGAGCAAUGCAAAUGAAUGCAUCCGAUGCAUCUGAGGGGUCCACCUAUCAAUCAGAGAUUGGUUUAGGUACAGAGGCUGACAUUGAACAGAUUCCGAAUCCCAUUCCCAAGCCAAAUUUUGGUGCUGUCCAAAAGCUGAAGAACAUGGAGGCAAAGUACAUUAUAUUUGAUCUUGAAACUACAGACCUUAUCAGACAAGGAGCUAUGCCUCAUAUAACUCAAAUUGGCGCAGUGGAGAUAGAGUCUGGAAAUGUGUUUUCAACUUAUGUUCAGCCAAAGAUUCCAAUAGAGCCCGGAGCAGAAGAAACAACAGGAAUAGUCUGUGAUGGGACCUCUGUAUUUGCACAUGGAUCCAAAGUUACUGCAGUCCCCAUACGUGAAGCGAUAUUGAACUUCCUCAAGUGGCUAGGUACAUUUGGCAAAUAUGGAAUUAUACUGGUUGCUCACAAUGGCCGUGUGUUCGAUUUCCGUGUCCUUUCCCAUGCCAUUGACUGUAUUGGAUUACAGGAAGACUUUCUAGAAAUAGUGUCUGGUUUUACUGACUCAUUGUCUUUGAUUCGUUCAAAACAUAAGAAACUUGAAAAGUAUUCACAGAUUUUUUUAGCUAAGCACUUCUGUAAUGAGACUUAUUCUGCACAUGAUGCAGUGGAAGAUGUGAAAAUGUUCUCAAAAAUUCUAUCAGUUGCUGUUUCACAAAGUGAAUUGUCAAAAGCUGCAUAUGAUGCAGAAACCCCUUUUCUUCAAGAUAAGUUUAAUUCCGCAAAAACAUUAUAUCUGCCAUCAUUGAAUAUUCUGGUUGGUAAUGGUGUUAUGAAAAUGAACAUGGCAGAGAAUGUUGCAGGCUCCGGACUUGGCCUGCAUCAUCUGAAACUAAUACAUAAGCGUUCUGGUGAAGAUGGUCUGCGCAAUAUUUUUUGUGCCCAAACCUCUCGUGGUAAACCACGAGUUACGAGUGAUUGUAAGGUUUUGGAUUAUGUAGUACCUAAAUUAUGUCAGUUUUUUUCACAAUAGAAAUGUUGUCUUCUAUUACUUAGAAGUUACUUUAUACAAACUUGUACAGUGCAAUGAUGUGUCUUCGACUCAGAGCACUUUUAUGUUAAGUUUGUGAGUAAAAUGUCCGGAGUUUACACAUCGAUAAAUUCUUCAAAAAGAAUGUUUGAUUCUUAUAAUUCCAGUUCAUUCACUUUAUUAACAAUUGCAAAAAUUUGAAUAGUUUCCCCGCACUAUGUUAUUUGUUUUCAGGUGUGUAUGAAUACAUUGUGUUUUCGGAUUUAUUGAUGUGUAAACUCUUGUUCAGCUUUAUUUUUGUCCAAUCAAAACAAUUGUAAUAAAUAACAUUGGAAUUAUUUUAAAGUAUGUUUUAUAUGAUUAGAUGCCUAAAUUGUGCCAUUUUUUAUCUGUUCAAAUCAUGCUGCUGACCAAGAAUUUUUAGGUCACCCUAGUCACUCUCUGGAGUCAGAUGAACUAGUGUUGUUGGUCUUUGUUCGUCGCCAUGUGUUGUCGGCUAACAUUUUUACAUUUUUCAUUUCCUCUUGAAAACAUAGACUAGGCUAAUGUUACCAAUAGGGCUGUGGAGUGAAAAUGUAUUAUAUUUCAUAAUUUUAUUAUUAUAUUGAAUCAAAUUCUAUAAAAUCUUUAUUUUCAGACAAGUGUGUGGAUAAAAUAAUUGCGUGGUCUAUGUAUGGGGUAUGGUACUCAGGUGAUCGUUAAGGCCUGUGGGCCACUUGUUUAUUACAUGUGCAUGUAACCAAAUUGUCAUAAAUACUGUUAUUCAUUUUGUGCAUAAAUUGUACAUGUGUAUCCUGAACCAGAAAAUCAUGAAAUUAAUCAUACAAUACAAUUGACACAUCUCGA